GUGGGUGUUCGCGCGCAGCAGGAGGACACACUAACUCGCGUCAGAUCAGUGCGGGUGUCCACAUCCACAGAAGAAGAAGAAGAAGAGGAGGAGAACAUGAUGAACUGCUCCUGGCUGCUGCUGCUGCUGUUCAUGUGUGUCCUGCCAGGCUCUUUGACCCAGGAGCCGGACCAGGCCCAUGGUUGUACUCAUGGCAGUUGUUACCCAGCAACUGGAGACCUGCUGGUGGGCAGAGAGAAGAACUUGAAGGCCUCAUCUACCUGUGGUCUGCGAAGAAAGGAGCCCUACUGCAUCGUCAGUCACCUGCAGGAUGAGAAGAAGUGUUUCCAGUGUGACUCACGGAGGCCCUAUGACCCAGUUUAUAACACCAUCAGUCACCGCAUUGAGAAUGUCAUCACUACCUUCAAACCGCAUCGCAAGAAGUCCUGGUGGCAGUCUGAGAAUGGGAAGUCAGAGGUCACCAUUCAGCUGGACCUGGAGGCAGAGUUCCACUUCACUCAUCUCAUUAUGACCUUCAAGACUUUCCGGCCAGCUGCCAUGCUAAUUGAGCGCUCUGCAGACUUUGGCCGCUCCUGGCAGGUGUACCGAUACUUUGCCUACAACUGUGCCACCGUCUUCCCAGGAGUGUCACAGGGGCCAUUACGCAAAGUGGACGAUGUCAUCUGCGAAUCGCGGUACUCGGACAUCGAACCCUCCACGGAGGGGGAGGUGAUCUACAGAGUUCUAGACCCAGCCAUCCGCAUAGAGGACCCUUACAGUCCCAGUAUUCAGAACCAGCUGAAGAUCACCAACCUUCGUGUGAAUUUCACCAAGCUGCACACACUGGGGGACAACCUACUGGAUUCCCGUGUGGAGAUCAAGGAGAAGUACUACUAUGCUUUGUAUGAGCUGGUGGUGCGUGGGAACUGCUUCUGCUAUGGUCACGCAUCUGAGUGUGCACCCAUUGAAGGCAUCAGAGAUGAUAUUGAAGGCAUGGUGCACGGGAGGUGUGUCUGCAAGCACCACACGAAGGGACUUAACUGUGAGCAGUGUGAUGACUUCUACAAUGACAUACCCUGGAGGCCUGCCAAGGGCAAGAACACCAAUGCCUGCAGGAAGUGCAACUGCAAUGGCCACGCCAACCAGUGCCACUUCGACAUGGCCGUGUACCUGGCCAGUGGGAAAGUGAGCGGUGGCGUGUGUGACAACUGUCUCCACAACACUAUGGGCCGAAACUGCGAGAUGUGCAAGCCGUUCUACUACCAGGACCCUGGAAGGGAUAUCCGAGACCCAGCUGUGUGUGUCCCGUGUAACUGUGACCCUGACGGUUCUUUGAACGGGGGUGUCUGUGAUGCACAUGACAACCCUGCCCUGGGGAUGAUUGCCGGACAGUGCCGCUGCAAAAACCACGUGGAGGGCCCACGUUGUGACAAGUGCAAGUCCGGUUUCUUUGGCCUGAGUGCGAGCAACCCCUAUGGCUGCCAGGUCUGCCAGUGUGACCCCCGGGGCACGGUGUCCGAAGGCCCCCAGUGCGACCCUGUGAGCGGAGAUUGUUUCUGUAAAAGGCUGGUGACCGGGAGGCGCUGCAGUCAGUGCCUGCCAGAACACUGGGCUUUGAGUCACGAUCUGAGCGGCUGCCGAGAGUGUGACUGCGAUGUGGGCGGGGCCACAGACAAUCACUGCUCCAUGGAAACUGGCCAGUGUCGCUGCCGCAGUCACAUGAUGGGGCGCCAGUGCAAUCAAGUGGAAUCUGGCUUCUUUUUCAUGACCCUGGACCACUACACCUAUGAGGCAGAGCUUUCCAAACUGGGCCAGGGCUGCACAGUGGAGGAGAGAGAGAUACAGGUUGGGCUUCCUGUCACCUGGACUGGAACUGGACUUGUUCGGGUUCCUGAGGGAAGCACCCUGGAGUUCUUCAUCAGCAACAUCCCUUACUCAAUGGAGUAUGACCUGUUGAUUCGAUAUGAGCCCCAGUUGCCGCUGGACUGGGAGGAGGUUCGUGUGACGGUGUUGCGGCCGGGUUCAAUCCCCACCAGCAGCCCAUGUGGGAACACCAUCCCUGCAGAUGACAUCCUGUCUGUCUCACUGCCCACUGCAGCAAGGUUUGUUAUGCUACCACAGCCCAUCUGCCUGGAGAGGGGAGUGAGCUAUACCCUGCGCCUAGAGCUCAGCCGCUACUCUGGACGGAGAAAUGUUCCCAACCCCAGCAUUCUGGUGGACUCUAUCUCUCUGCUGCCACGGUACAACUCCAUGGAGAUGUUCAUCGCUGGUGACCCCGCCUCCAUUGCUCGCAAGCAGAGCUUUGAGCGCUACCGCUGCCAUGAGACUGGCAAAGCUGUGUCCCGGCCACAGCUCAGUGAUGUGUGUGCCAAGUUGAUCUCUAGCAUGUCUGCCAUCAUCAACGAUGGAGCGCUGGCUUGCCACUGUGACCCCCAGGGAUCAGUGAGCUCAGAGUGUAACCCUCGUGGGGGUCAGUGUCAGUGUAAACCCAAUGUCAUUGGCCGACGCUGUGACCAGUGUGCUCCGGGAACAUAUGGUUUUGGACCUGCGGGCUGUAAACCAUGCGGCUGCAGCACGGAGGGCUCCCGGAGCCGCUUCUGCGAAAGGCACACCGGGCAGUGCCCGUGCCGGCCCGGUGCCUUCGGCUUACGCUGUGAUGGCUGCCAACACGGGCACUGGGGCUUCCCCAGUUGCAGACCUUGCCAGUGCAACGGGCAUGCCGAGGAGUGUGAGCAGAGCAGUGGCAGGUGCAUCAACUGCAGGGACAACACAGCAGGAGACAAAUGUGAGAGAUGUGCCAGUGGUUACUAUGGCAACCCGGUGCUGGGUUCAGGGAGCCACUGUCGGCCGUGCCCCUGUCCAGAUGGGCCUUCAAGCGGACGCCACUUUGCUGCCUCCUGUUACCAGGACAACCAGAACCGACAGGUGGUGUGCAACUGCAACCAGGGUUACACAGGGAUGGUUAAGCGCUCCAAUGGGAACAUCCAGCGCUCUCGCUGUGACGAGUGUGCCCCUGGUUACUAUGGCAACCCCUCUCAACCUGGCGGACGCUGCCAACCCUGCCAGUGCAGCAACAAUAUUGACCUGACUGACCCGGAGUCGUGUGACCGUCGCACCGGGGAGUGCAGGAAGUGCCUUUACAACACUGAGGGACCUGACUGCGGUGUCUGCAAGAUUGGCUACUAUGGCGACGCCAAGCGACGCAACUGCAGGAAAUGCACCUGUAACUUUCUUGGGACGGAGCGCAGCCAGUGCUCUUCGCGGGAUGACUGUGUGUGCAACCGCAGCACAGGGCAGUGUCACUGUCUGCCCAACAUCAGCGGCCAGACGUGUGACCACUGCAGCCCCAACCACUGGAACAUGCCCAGUGGACGUGGCUGUGAAACGUGCGGCUGUGACCCCAACAAUGCUAUGUCACCUUCCUGCAAUGAGUUCACAGGGCAGUGCCAGUGCCGUGAUGGCUUUGGAGGGAAGACUUGCCAAGACUGCCAGGAGAAUUACUGGGGUGACCCCAAAGUCCAGUGCAGAGCGUGUGACUGCAACCGACUGGGCAUUGAAACAUCGCAGUGUAACCGGCUCACAGGGCACUGCGUGUGCCAACAGGGUGUGUCAGGUGUGCGCUGUGACCAAUGUGCGCGUGGCUUCUCUGGCCAUUUCCCUGACUGCCAGCCAUGCCACCAGUGUUUUGGUGACUGGGACCGCGUGGUCCAGGAUCUGGCUGCCCGCACCAAAGCCUUGACUGCUCGCGCCCGGGAGAUCCAGCUCACCGGCCUGACCGGUGCAUACGAGAAGAGCUUCCGGGAGCUGGAGGAAAAGCUAGCGCAGGUCCAAGGCAUCGUCAAUGCCCGUAACAUCACAGCUGAGGCAGUCACCAGCCUCAUGGCUUUCAUCGAGGACCUGAGGGCCCGCAUCAGUGAAACCACAGACAUACUAAACCGUCUCGAGGGGGACCUGACUGAUGUGCAGGAUGGCAACUACAAGGCCAGCAACCAACUGAGUGCACUGGAGAGGGAGGCAAGGGAGCUCAACCUGACCUCAGACCAGCUGAGCCACCAACUGGACAUCCUGAAGAACUCCAACUUCCUUGGUGCGUAUGACAGUAUCCGCGGCUCUUACAACAAGUCCCGCGAUGCGGAGCGCCGUGCCAAGCAGGCUACCACAGACGUCCCGAGCACCGUGACUCAGUCAGCUGACACGCGUCGUAGGACGGAGCGUCUCAUGGCUCAGAAAAAAGAUGACUUCAACCGUAAGAAUGCUGCCAACAAAAGGGCUUUGGAAGACCUCAGUGCCAAAGCACGGACUCUGGACAUGAAGAAGAUCAACGAGAAGGUAUGUGGCACUCCUGGUGAUCUCCCCUGCGACGAGAGCCCCUGUGGUGGUGCCGGUUGCCGUGACGAUGAUGGAAAUAGGCACUGCGGGGGUCUGAACUGCAACGGUGCAGUGGCGACUGCAGAUAAUGCUCUGGAGAGAGCCAAACAUGCCGAGAAGGAGCUGGACAAAGCCAUGAGUGAGGUGGAGGAACUCUUCCGCAAGGUGGCGGACGCCAAGGCAAAGGCAGAAAAGGCAAAGGGGAAAGCACAGGCAGCCCUGGACAAGGCCAAUAACACUAAGACCAAGGUGGAGCGUUCCAACAAUGACCUCCGUGACCUCAUCAAGCAAAUCCGGGACUUCCUCAUGCAAGAGGGCGCUGACCCAGACAGCAUUGAGAAGGUGGCCAGCCGAGUCCUGGAGCUUUCCAUCCCCGCUUCCCCACAGCAGAUCCGGCACCUGGCGGAUGAGAUCAAAGACAAGGUGAACAGCCUGUCCAAUGUGGACGCCAUCCUGGAACAGACGCACGACGAUGUGCGCAAGGCUGAGCAGCUGUUGCAGGAUGCCAAGAAGGCCAGGAACCGGGCAGAGGGAGUGAAAACUGUGGCAGAAACUGUGAGACGGGCGCUGGAUGAUGCCCGCAAGGCGCAGACCGUCGCAGAGAAGGCCAUACAGCGAGCCAAGAAUGACAUUGGGCAGACGGAGAAUCGGCUGGCACAGAUCCAGUCUGAGACUUCUGCAAGUGAGAAAGACCUGAACAAUGCCGUAGAACUCCUGGGAAACCUCGGGCGGCAGAUCGAAGCCCUGAAGACCAAGCAUGCCAACAACAGCCUGGUAGCAUCGCGAGCCGAGGAAACCGCCACCAUGGCAAGGGAUAAAGCCAACGAGGCCAAGCAGAUUUUGGAUGGGGAGCUGAUGGACAAAUACAGAACAGCCCAGGACCUCGUGGCCCGCAAGGCCAAGACGGUGCAGGAUGCGAAGCGCAGAGCAGAGCGUUUGCGGGAUGAAGCCAAACAGUUGCUGCAGGAUGCACAGAAGAAGCUGCAGAGGCUUGCAGAACUUGAGAAAAAUUAUGAGAACAAUCAGAAGAUGCUAGAGGGAAAAGCUAGGCAACUGGAUGGACUGGAGGACAAAAUGAAGGCCAUCCUUAAUGACAUCAACAAGCAGAUUCAAAUCUACAACACCUGCCAGUAACUGAACAGAACUGAGAGAGAAAACGGGGAAGAACAGAAUUACAGUCAUGCACUGUGCUACCAUCUGUAAACUCUGCCCUCCAGUAGAGUGUGAGAGAACUGCAAGCAAAAAAUCUACAGUUAUUAGGGUGCAGCACAGACAUGGGCAAUUCUAAACCCUGAGAAUCAGUUACACAAAUUUUACAGUCCCAGUAAUGACACUAUCCAGGAAAAAAUGCUGACACAGGGGUGUCCAACAUGUGCAUAAGUACUUCAUGUGACCUGUCAUUUCACAUUGUGCAAGAACAUUUUGUGAAAUUAAAAUCAACUAUUUUACCAUAAAUUCUAUACAUUCUAUUGAAUCACAUAAUAAAAGUUACAAACACACUGAAACAUACACCAAACCUAAAUAAUAUAAAAUAAAAUAUAAUAUUUCAGUUUAGACAUUUAAGAUUCAUUAUGUCACUUACUACAUUUUUUACAUGUGGACCAAGUAGGCCCUUGGACCAGUUCACAAAAAUGAUUGUGGCCCCUGGUCAAAAAACAUUUGGACACCCCUGCUACAACAUUAGGGUAAAAAUAUUCACAGGCUUGACACAAUUUAAAAGUUUAAACAGUUAAUAGAUUGUAAUUAAUCUAUUUCGUUGUCCUUUAAUGCCUUGGUGAAACAUGGACAAAGUCAGUUACAGAAAAAACAAUAUAAAUAAUGGUUUGUUGUAGAAUUGCAGUUUGGACUUGUUCCGUUAGUACAAAAUACAAAUAUAUGCCAUAUUUUUAUUUUGUGUGAUAUUACAAAAUGUGCAGAAGCAGGAACUGUAUGACAAGUUUUGUUGAAAGACGACACUGAUGUGAUGUUCUAUCUCAUUGACCUUUUCUGGCAAACUGUUACACUUAGAUGGACCAAGGUACUAGACUUCAGGUGAGGUGUACCUUAUCAAUUCCAAAACCACGAUAAGACGCAAAAAGGUUGAAAUGCUGGACAUUAAACAUAAUUUCUUAUCAAUUGCAGUUCUGGAAUAGAUUUAUGAAGUUCCUGAGGGGGAAAAAAAAUGCAGAUUUCACAAAAGUGGUCUGUGCAGGAAAUAACAAUGAUGGAAAUUAAAAAUGGAAAACAAAUUACUUCUGUGAAGGAAAGCUAACAAACAGUAUUUGCAUGCAUCUGUGCAUGCAAGUGUGUCUGUGUAUGCAUGUGCAUAAAAUUAAAUGUUAUAUCCAACACAUGACAUCCAUGUGCUAAAGAUUUGGUCUCUAUGUCUAACAAAUGAUGGUCAUAUUUCUUCUAGACAGGUUAUUUUGUGUGGCCUAUUCAACUGCACAGUUGCUGCUUUUGCAAGCUAUGCUUGUUUUUCACCCACUUAUGGGUAUUGUAUUCUGUUUCAAGCAAUAAAGUCU